AUUCUCAUUUCCCUGGAGUUCAUCCUGCACUGAGGACUGAAGCACUGAACGGCCCGAGGUCAAACCGAGGUCAAAGGACAACUCAGCUCCCAGCGCCGCUCCAGAGGCUGACCCAGUCGCCAGCGACCAACCAGACGUCAGCUCGACCACCUCUGAACCGCCAGCCUCUGACUCUGCUGCCGCCGCUGCUUGCGUCCCACAGGUUGAUCCACCUGCCAACAGCGAUACUUCCAACAUGGCUGAUCCGGCUGUUGACGACAGCAAGUUCCUCUUCCUGGAGAAUGACUUCCGCAACAGCGGGGUGGCUCAGGCCGACUGGAUGGCCAAGAAGAUGGUGUGGGUGCCGUCAGAGAGGGAGGGCUUUGAGCAGGCCAGCAUCAAGGAGGAGAAGGGUGACCAGGUGCUGGUGGAGCUCUCCAAUGGUCACAAGGUGACAAUAAACAAAGACGACAUCCAGAAGAUGAACCCGCCCAAGUUCAGCAAAGUGGAGGACAUGGCCGCCCUCACCUUCCUCAACGAAGCCUCCGUCCUGCACAACCUGCGUGAGAGAUACUUCUCCAGCCUGAUCUACACGUACUCGGGUCUGUUCUGUGUGGUGGUGAACCCCUAUAAGAUGCUGCCCAUCUAUUCUGAAAAGAUCAUCGAAAUGUACAAGGGCAAGAAACGCCACGAGGUGCCGCCGCACAUCUACUCCAUCACAGACAACGCCUACAGGAACAUGAUGCAGGACCGUGAGGAUCAGUCUAUUCUCUGCACAGGUGAGUCUGGAGCCGGGAAAACAGAAAACACCAAGAAGGUUAUUCAGUACCUGGCUGUCGUCGCCUCGUCGCACAAGGGCAAGAAGGACGUCAACCCUGACUCAGUUGCUGCCGCUGUGGCCAAGCAACAGCAGGCAGGAUCUCUGGCCUACGGGGAGCUGGAAAAGCAGCUGCUGCAGGCGAAUCCGAUCCUGGAGGCCUUCGGCAACGCUAAAACCAUCAAGAACGACAACUCCUCACGAUUUGGAAAGUUCAUCAAGCUCAACUUUGAUGUGACUGGCUAUAUCGUUGGGGCAAAUAUUGAUACCUACCUGCUGGAGAAGUCUCGCUGUAUUCGUCAGGCCAGCACUGAGAGAGCCUUUCACAUCUUCUACUACAUGGUGGCAGGAGCCAAAGACAAGACGAAGGAGGAGCUGCUGCUGGAGGACUUCAGCAGCUACCGUUUCCUGAGGGCAGGUCACGUGGAGAUCCCUGGUCAGCAGGACGACGAGAUGUUUGAUGAGACUCUGGAGGCCAUGGAGAUCAUGGGCUUCACCGAGGAUGAGAGAUUAG